AUGGCGGAGGGCUCUAGCAGUUCGGCGCCCAAGUCGCCUUCCAUCUCCUCGUCGACGACGAUGGAGGAGCAUGAGAAACUUAUGAUGGAGAUGUCCGAGCUCGACGACAAUGGCAACCCCAAAAGGUCGACCGAUCUCGAGUUUAAUAAACGUGAGGAGGAGGAGAACCUUUUGCCCGGUGGCAACGAAAAGCCUGCGGAACCGGCCAAGUCGAGUUUCCGAGCAGCGUUGACUUGGAUGGGAAUUAAUACGUUGGCGACUGUUGGAAUUGUCUUCACCAACAAGGCGAUCUUCUCGGACCCCCAGUUCAAGCUGUGCCAGCUCAGUUUCGCCUGCUUCCACUUUACCGUCACGUUCCUUACGCUCUUCAUGUUUUCGAGACCUCCGUUCAACAAAUUCACCCCUCGCCGAGUUCCGUUCAAGACUAUGCUCCCCCUCUGCAUCACCAUGUGCCUGAACGUCAUUCUCCCGAACUUCUCGCUCGCCUUCUCGUCCGUUACCUUCUACCAGCUUGCGCGAAUCCUGCUCACUCCCGUCGUGGCGCUCAUGAACUUCAUCCUGUACCGCGCCACUCUCCCCCGCAAGGCCAUUCUUACUCUUAUCCCUGUCUGUGUGGGUGUAGGUGUCGUCUCGUACUACGACUCUCUCCCCACCGACAACGCCAAGGUUAAGACUACCUCGCCCCUGGGCGUCCUCUUUGCCUUCAGCGGUGUGUUUGCCUCGUCCUUGUAUACAGUUUGGAUCGGCAGCUACCACCGAAAGCUGGAGAUGAACAGCAUGCAAUUGCUCUUCAACCAGGCCCCCUGGAGUGCCUUCAUGCUUCUCUACGUCAUUCCCUUUGUCGAUAGAUUCCCAACCCUUGAGCACACCUCAUUCACUAGGUGGUUCAUGAUUCUUCUUUCUGGUCUCUUUGCGUCUCUGAUCAACAUUUCUCAAUUCUUCAUUAUUGCCCAGACCGGUGCUGUGUCGAGUACCGUUGUCGGCCAUCUCAAGACUUGUACCAUUGUCGCUCUGGGCUGGAUUGUUUCUGGCCGCUCCGUCGGUGACAAGUCCAUCUUUGGUGUCAUCAUGGCCAUUGGCGGCAUUACACUGUACUAUAUUGUCAUGACGAAGCACAACAGGGCCAAGGCUGGUCAGACUGUCAAAUAA